UUCCAAACCCCCGAGCCUGUCAUGGAUCGACGCCUUCCCAGGGCCCAUCCCGGCGCUAUCUCAACCCCCCUCAUUAGCCCAUUGCCAUAUGAUCCGUCCGCGGUGUCUAUUUUGGGCCGGCGCCUGCCGCUGAAUGAUGUUUGUAUCAUGAUGCUGCAGAUGUUGGGUAGCAAAUAGCGCUGUAGUAGCAAUAUGAGACCGCCGUGGUCUCGCUUUGUAGCAGAAGGCAAGUGUCUUUGUGAGUGUGCCCAUUGUUCUUUCACCUUUCACGCCUGGUGCAGAGUUCUUUUGUCUAAACUUUCUUUCACACAACGUCCUUUCUUUGGCCUGAAAGACCUUUCAGCUUGUAUUUCUUUUGAUCCAUUCUCUAUCUAUUCUUUAGGAGCUUCCAUAUUACCAUGACAAGGUCAAUUCAUCUCAGAACCAGGCCAACAAUGAUACUGCUCUUCGCCCUCAUCGCUUCGACGGUAUCGCCAACGCAGGCCUUUGGCUUACUGCCUCGAAGCUCCGAUUCUUGCCCUAGCAACUACAAUAAAUGUGCUGACAGCAAAUUGCCGGCUUCAUUCUGCUGCUCCAGUUCAUCCACCUGCAUCAGCUUGGACGACUCCAGCUCUGCCAUCUGCUGUCCAGACGGUGAGAGCUGUCAAUACAUCGAGCCCAUUACUUGCAAUGUGCAGCUGCAAAACGCAACCGCACACCCCAAAAAUUCUGUCAAGACCACCCGGCUGGACGAUUCCCUGCCCACGUGUGGUAGCGCCUGCUGUCCCUUUGGAUACACCUGCACCGGGGACUCGCUGUGUGUCAUGAACACAUCCAGCGCUUCCACAGCUGCCGCCAGUCAGUCGACCACAAUGUCCACAUCUACUGUUGGGUCAACGUCCACAGGAUCAGUUAUGUUCACAGCCUCAGCAUCCACCACCGACGCCUCUGAUCCUACCAUCGUCCCCGUCAGCACCGGCUCGAAGUCCAUCUCCGACAGCAGCAGCAGCAGUAACAGCACGUCCUCCGCUGCCCUCGCAUCAAAGAGCACCUGCUCUUCAUACCCCACCACUGCCAUUCUAGCCGGCUUCUUCCCCGGUGCCAUCUUUGGCGCCGUCCUAGCGUUCCUCUGCCUCUUCUUCUACCGCAGGUAUCAGAACAAACACCAACCUCCCUCCGCAAAAGUGGCCCAAUUGACCCGCCGCUCCUCAAAGGGCACGCUCAUCGGGAUCUCCUCCCCAAUCCCCUCCGACGAUUCCUCCUACCGCACCGACUUCCUCCUUCGUCGAAACAGAUCCACAAAACGAUACUCAGAGGGUGCGCGCUCACGGUUCCAACGGACCGGAACAAGAGUCAGAAGUCUAUUUAACCCCAAUUCCCCAUCUAGGGUCAGUGUCCCAAAAACACUGGUCCCAGAAAGAGGAGGCGGCAUGCCGACUCGCGUGCCGGUACCUGUACCUCCGUUGCCGAUCUCCGUGACGCCGUUGCAGCCGGGCCGAUCAGCAUCAAAGAAGACACUGGCCCGGACAGAAAGUAUCAGAGUGUACACACCGCCGGGGGUGUUCGCAACAACGGGGGUGUUGAAGCCGGAUCCGUACCCCACGCAUAUUCGAACAGAAGGGACAUUUGAUGCGAUGGACAAGUGUUGAAUAAUUAUAAUGGCUUUCUUUACUGUAAAAUUGGCUGAUGAUAUAUUUCGCGAUGUUUUGUUCUGUUUACUUGGCUUUUGGCCUAGGAUAGAAUAAUAGUGGUGUGGUGUGGUGCAUUCAUGCUAGUUUGAGAUACCUAGAUAGUUAGUUGUCAUAGCAAUUACCUAUAAUUG